AUGUGGUUGCUGCUGCGAAUGUGGAGUUUAACGACGAGUUGCUCACGGUUAAGCGCUUGGGUGGACCCGGUGAUCGAUCGAUGCCUAAUGACCACCUGGCAUCACACUCACCAGCACCAGCACCAGCAGCAGUGUGAAAACGCAACGGUGAAUGAAAACCCUACGUCGGCAUACCGCACACGUAGCAUAUUCGACGUAUCAGCGUCCAGUGCAUCCUCCACCGCCUCUUCAGCAUUCCCAACACACUUUUCCUCAUCCUCCACCACCACCGCCAACAAUGGCGCAGGGAGUCAAUCAAGCAGCCUACACGACGCUUAUCAACAACACCCAUUCGACUCUACCCUCCCAGCGAUAAACAGUGGGAUGCGCUACGACCCUCCUUCUCCUUCCUCCCCUCCCCUCCCUCCCUCGUCCACCACGAACCUACCACCAUCAUCGUUCCACUCCGCCCACGCCCACCUAACACGACACACACGCUCACCAGCAUCCCGCUCCCGCCCCAGAUCACGUCCUCCCUCCUCCAGCUCUGCUCCUUUCCCACCGUCAUCCGCCGCAAAUGGGUCAGGCGGUAUGGGGCCUGCGAGGACGACUAGGGCCAGGAGGAAUAAUAACAUUUCAGGCACUUCCCCGCCUCCUUUUGGUGUUCACCAUGGACAUGGGAGGCCGCAUGCGAUUGUGAUCCCGGGGAGCAGGAUGGCUAGACUAGUGGGAUGGCGCGGGUAG